GCUUUACGAACCAAGGCAUAAGAAUUACAGAUCGACCCGUACGACAAAAAUGGCGAGUCAUACCUCUCGUAGCUUACUCUGGGCCUUGUUGUCGUGCCUUGCGCUGGCACAGACAACAGAUGCCUUUGCCCUGCACUCGAGAACUCAGCGUUCGAACCACGCCUUGUCUCGUGUAUUCGGCACGGCCUCUCCCGAUGGACCCCGCCCGAACGACAGCAACAGCGACUUUCCGCCCGAAGAAGACUCUGCUGCCUACAAGGGAGAUAUUGAUUGGGACGGAGAAUGGAAAAAGGUGGUAGCCAAGCAAAAUAUGCCCCAAAAACGGCCCGGAAAGGAUUUUUACAAGUCCGACGCCGAAAUUGCCGCCAUUCGUGCGGCCAACCUAGCCACUGAACAAGCCAACAAGGUGGCUUCCAAUAUCCCCCAAGUACCAGAAUGGAGAUCCUUGCAAGGAGACUGGAAAUUUUGGGUCGGACUUUUGGCCAUUGUGAGUGUUGGGUUUUCGCUCUUGUCGGCGGCAGGCACACAGGGAGGAGCCCCGGUAAUUGGCACUGCCGAUUCAUACUACAUUUAACUCAUUUCCUCAGUCGGGAUCGUUGUGAGAGGCAAGGAUUAGCCGUACCCACGCCGCGCUCUUUUGGACGAAUGUGCGUGCGGAAACUGUCCAAUUUACAUUCUCUGAAUACAUAUUCCACAGCGGUAGAACGGUCGAAAACGAACUGUAGACCAGCCCAAUACAUUACACGUUUGUGUACGUGCCGAAAACUACACUUUGAGAAUAGAAGGUAUUUUUAAUAGACUUUGGCUUUCCACGA